AUAUUUGACCCGGAAGUGACAGUUUAUGCUGCUGGCUUCACGUAGGUGAAAAUGAUUCUGACAACAACACUAUCGCGUGUCAAACUAGUUCGCUAGAUAUUUGGUUGAAAAGUAAUGAUUGUGUAACACUGGCAGAUAAAUUACAAUCAAAACACCGUUAGAUUGUCACAUCUGCAUAGACUGUGGUUGCUAGCAAUAGCACCGACAGGGCAAGUACACUGUCCUACGCUCGCAUCAAGUCAACAACAGCGCCGUGGAGGACUGGCUUGCUAGCUACAUUUCCUCCAGCGAAGUGGCUCCGAUGGCGAAAAACACUCUUUCGUCGCGAUUCAGGAAACUCGACAUAGAUGAAUUUGAUGAGAACAAAUUCGUGGAUGAUCACGAUGAGGCUGUCGACAAUCAAGGACCCGACGGCGCGGAGAUAGACAACCUCAUCAGGCAAGGCGACAUGAUGACAGCUUUUCACAUUGCUCUCCGGAACCCUCCUGUCAACACUAAGAAUCCAGCAAUAAAGGAAAGGGCUCUGGCAAUAGUGCUGAGAGUGUUGACGUCAUUCAAGUCCAGUGAUAUCGAGCCAGCUGUCAAGUCGCUAGACAGAAGCGGGGUGGACCUGCUUAUGAAGUACAUAUAUAGAGGCUUUGAGAAGCCCUCUGACAAUAGCAGUGCCAUUCUCCUACAGUGGCACGAAAAGGCUUUCGCAGUUGGGGGCUUAGGGUCAAUCGUAAGAGUUCUGACCGCCCGAAAGACAGUUUGAGGGGACGUGCUUUAUCACAUGGAGCAUCUCCUGCAUGACCACUGACAAGAGGAUUGACUGCCUUCUGUAUAAGGGAAAGUAGCUUAUUACCACAAUACAUUUCUUCCUGAGAAUAAAAACCCUUACACGACAUAAGUUAAAGACAAAAAAAACAAAGGGAACAUUAUUUUCUGUUAGAAAAUAUUUAGCUGUAACUAAGGAAAUUGAUAUUUGUUCAUGUAUAGGAUUAUCAUUUUGACCUAAUCACGAGUUUGUCGUUCUUUUGCCAUUGCAUUUCUUUCUAAUAUUCAUAAGUAUCAGCAUGUUUCUGAGGGUGGGGGAAGGAAAAGAGUUUCCCUAAUGACAUGAACAUGGCAGAUAAAAGGCUGUGCAUCAACUGUUACUUGGUACCUUUAUACCUGUGUGUGUGUGUGUUGUGUGAGCUUGCGAGUAUGUCCUUCGGCUCACAGUGUUGAAUAUUUAGAUUUACGUUUUUCUCAUUGUCAGUUUUGUACAGACAAAAGUACAUUUAAUAUAAAGAGACAGAUUCUUUGAAUUCAAUUAAUUGGUGGGUGGGGGAUUUCAUUGUAAAGUGCCUGCUGCAAUAAAACUCAUGGAUCAUCUUAACUGGGAACAA